AUGAUCUACUUAAAGUCACUUCUCAACGUCAUCGACAACUCCGGGGCUCAGGUGGUCGAGUGCAUCAAAGUGCUUCGCCACGGCCCGAGAAAUUUCGCCAAGGUCGGCGACCAGAUCACCGUGGUCGUGAAGAAGGCGAAGCCCUUACUGAGUGAUAUCACCGGCCAGGCGGCGCUGAACAGAGUCAAGAGAAGAGAUAUCUGUCGGGCGAUUGUCGUGCGGACCAAGGCUCCGUUUAGACGUCCCGACGGCCUGGUGGUGCGGUUCGACGACAACGCCUGUGUCUUGAUCAACAAGCUGGGAGACCCCCUCGGCACCAGAGUCGGGGGUGUGGUGGCGAAGGAGUUGCGCGAGUUGAACUACAACAAGAUUGUGUCGUUGGCGCCCAAGACCUUCUAA